AGGCAGCAACCCACUCCAAGUUUAGUUGUUGGUGCCUAUCACAGCUGUAUUAAACCUAAAAGAAUGAAACUACUAGAUGACCUUCCUACAACAGCUCUCUCUCUCUCUCUCUUUCUCUCUCUAAGAUUGCAAUAUUUUAGUCGUCUUUUAUCCUUGUGUAAGUUGUCAACUACAAGUCUACCAACCCAACAAGUCAACCAACAAACUUACUUCCUAAAGUUUGGUGGGCAGAAGAAAAUAUAGGCAUUCACAGAAACUUAAAUUUCCCUGUGCAAGCUUCUAACCUCUUCCUCUCUAUCAUAGUUUUUCCUAAAAUUCUUUCAUACCCAGUUUUAUAUCUUCCUUUGGGAAAACAUGGACAAUCAUCGUCAACAGAAACAACCUAAAAUCACUCCACUGGAUUCUGAAGCAGAAGUCAGCAGCACUAGGUGGCAGCUUAUAACUAUGACAGCACAAGAGGAAGAUCUUAUCCAUAGAAUGCAUAAGCUGAUUGGAGACAGGUGGGACCUGAUAGCGGGUAGAAUUCCUGGGCGUAAACCAGAAGAAAUAGAGAGGUAUUGGAUAAUGACUCACCUUGAAGGAUUUGCAGAGAGAAGAAGAGAAUGAAAGUGACGGAGACAGAUACAGGCAGCGAGUAAAAAGUCAAUUAGUAGUCUUCAAUGACUUCUGAUGGGUUCUUUCGUUCCCUUUAUGUGGUCUCCCUGCUGAUAAGCACCUCCUAAUAGAGCUUUAGUAUUGCAAGUUCCCUUUUCAAGAACACAUGGUAUGGAACUGAGCUGCUAUUUAUCAUUCAAAUAACACAGUAAAGUUUAUGAUUCCCAUCGAAAGUAAAAGUAAUAACUCACGCAAA